CGCCAUAGUCCCACCACCGACUACUCUCAGAUUCCUCAAAUCAAACGUUUUUUUCUUCCUUCUUUCUGCGGUGCUCCGUUCUUCUCUUUCAUUUUCUAUUUAUUCUCCUUUCCUCCUUUCUUUUUCCUUUACUCUUUACACAUUUCUCUCUUUACCAACUUUAGGGUUAGGGUUUCAUAUGAUUGCGUUCUGAACAAAUCGUCAAUUUCUUCCUGGAUCAUUUCACUUUGUAGAGUGCAGUUUUGCAAUGUUCACAUUGAAAGAGAAAGUUACAGAGAAAUUAUCUCGACUUUUAGCGGAUUCUCCUUCUCCUUCACCUCGCCCUUUGCCGGAAUUUCCUCAGGCCAACUCUUACUUCAAGGGAGGGAAGACUUUGUCAUCAUUGUUUACUUAUAUCCACCCUUCAACUCCCAUUAAAGAUUCUCAGAGUGAAUUGAAAACAAUACAAUCUUCUCCGACCAGAUGGAGAAGUAAUAAUCUUUGGCAAAGUCAAAACAUUGAUUGUGAGCUAGAAGCCAUUCCAAGUGAUGAAUGCAGAGAAAUAACUAUGCCUGAAAAUGAGAAUUCUAAACCUGCCACACGUACAUGUGCAUAUGAGGUUUUUGAGGAUACACAUGAGCCACAGAGCCCUUGGAAGCUUAUGCCUAAUCUGACAAAUGAUUCGUCAUUUAUUAACAUGGAAUUAUACGAGUUUCUUCAAGCAUCCCUUCCUAACAUUGUGAAAGGUUGUCAAUGGGUAUUGCUAUAUAGUACUUUGAAACAUGGUAUAUCACUUCGUACACUUAUACGAAAGAGUGCUGAUCUUUCUGGUCCAGGGCUAUUGAUUGUUGGAGACAGAAAGGGUGCUGUAUUUGGCGGUCUCCUUGAUUGUCCUCUUAAACCAUGCCCGAAGAGGAAAUAUCAAGGUACGAACCAGACGUUCGUUUUUACGACUAAAUAUGGUGAACCCAGACUGUUUAGAUCAACAGGUGCCAACCGAUACUUCUAUUUGUGUUUGAAUGACUUAAUAGCAUUUGGUGGGGGAGGCAGCUUUGCUUUGUCAUUAGAUGGAGAUUUGUUGUAUGGUAGCAGUGGACCUUGCGAGACUUUUGGAAAUUUAUGCUUGGCUCAGGAUCCAGAGUUUGAAUUGAAAGCUGUCGAGCUGUGGGGUUUCACUCAUUCAUCCCGAUACCUUACUUGACGUGUAAUUGUUGGAUGAUGGUGUAGCAGACUGCAGACGUCUAUUCGUUAUUUCGAUCUCAAUUGUUGGAUGAUGGCUGAAAUUCAUGUGGUGUUUAUUGUUGCUUAUUGUUUCCCUUCUCAUCACUGGUUAAAUUAUGUAAUAUUUUUGGGGUGUAUAUUUUGUACAACAGUACGCUUUUGUUGGUUUUUAUUUAUAAAAAUAGAUAUAGAAUAUAUGUUUCUGGAAAUCUUGUGCAAUGAUGUAUAGCCUUUAUAUUACCUUGGAAGUAAGACAGCACAUCGUUGUGGGGAAUUAUGUUAAAGUAUUGAUCA